CUGCAUGGCUGCUAGGAGCUCCUCCCACCUCCUGGUGCUCUCUGCUCUCUGCUGCUGCUGCUGCUGCUGCUGCUGCAGAGGACUCAACACUCCACCUCUGCACACUGUAUCAGCAGCAACACCACCACCACCACCACCAGCAGCCAGUCUCCCGGGUCAUUAACCUGUCGCAUGUGGGACACCUGAAGACAGGCGGAUAUCAGCUCUUGUGGGAUUUAGAAGAGCACACGACACAGUUGUGUUGUUGAAUGAUUUAGUGUGUUUUUCUUUCUUUUUCGGGAGAGCUUUUGUGUUGCCAGGGAAGAGGCAGUGUGAGCAGCCAUGAUGGUCCAUCCAGUAUCUGCCACAUCCCUCAACAGCCACUUCUGACCGAACCCGAUUUAGCAAACCAAAGAUGUCAGCGUGCAGCGACUUUGCAGAACACGUGUGGAAACCCGGCUCUUGCAAGAACUGCUUCCACCCACUUAGUGCACACCACAAGACUGUCGGCGGCCUGGAUGGCAGUGUGCCAGCCGCUUGUUUGAAGAGCGUCCUGGGAAGCGAUGAAGAAGCUGGAGUAACGGCGCCUUCACCCUACAGCAAGCCAACCAUCGCUGUCAAACCCACCAUGAUGAGCCUCGACACCAAUGAGUCGAUGACGGACGUCAACAUGAACAUAGAGCAGGAGAACACAAAGAGCCCAGUUGAGCGUUUGGGCCUGAAGAAGCUCUUGGACCUGUCGUCUCUUUACAUCAACAGUAACGGCUGCAACAAGGCCCACAGAGAGGCGGUUCUUCAGAGUCCUGAAACCAAGUUGGACUACAACAACUGCUUCUCUCUGGCUUCCUUAUCCCCCAGCAUCCUGCCUAAAGACUCCAUGAUCAUCAGCAAUAUCUUCGUUACCCAGGAGGAGGGUAGAGGUUGUCAGAGUUUAAAGAAGAAUGCCAAUGGAGACACCUGUAGGCAGCAGAACACAACCACCACUAGAACCAAGAGCACUUAUAAUGGGAUUAGUGGGACUGCCAGGGCAAAUUGUCAGGAGUCCCAUCUCUCAUCGGUGGAGAUCCCUUUUUCUGUGGAUAUUGUCCCUUCCAGUCCUACCACAGUUCAUAGCAAUGGUAUCAGCAGUGGGAAUACUGCUACUGUUACAACUAAGACAUCCAGCACUUCUACCACUUUCUCCACUGCAGCCCAAAGUGUGGACGCCGUUAGCCACAAUCCCACGCCAUCCCUCCACUCUCCUCCCGUCCUUUCCAAACAUACCAGUCUAUCGGACUCCUCUUGUUCUUAUCAUAGUAGCACAGAUUCACUUCCUGGGGCAGAGGGGUCAGGAGGAAGACAAGUAAGGUCAGGGAGCCCCCAAGGCCCACCAGCCGUGGGUCACUCCCAGUCAGCUCCCAGCUCUCCUUAUGAACAGCCAGACUCAGAACCCAUUUACGCAGAGAGCACCAAGAAAAAGCCCAGGCUGCAAGGAAAUGGGGUGCAAUCCCAUCAUGUGUCCCCAAACCAGACUAAGAACUCAUCCCAGGAGCUUUCAGCAGAGAGUCAACGGGCCACCAUCACCGUAAUGGCCGCCCACACAGAGGCCAACAGGACUUUCUACCUGAGCAGUCCAGAUUCAGCAAUCAGCACCCAAUGCCACUUCAGCCCCACGGCACGUAAAGAGCCCAGCAGCCCGGCCUUCCGCUGGCCCAGCCCCAGCCACAGCGCACCCUCUUUGGUCACAGAAACCAGCCUUACCCCAACUCUCCACCCCAAGCCUCAGUCCAGCCCACCCAUUCCUCCGAAAAGGACCAGCCGUUCCCCCAAACUGGGCACCUCCAGCCUCUCACCGUCCACCUCGUCUCCCGUCCCUCUCCCUGAACUCCCCAUGCUUUUCCUCGUCUCUGCAAGAGAGGGCCACUUCAAGGUCCACACAGAGAACCAGAGCACAGCAGCGUCGGAACGCUGGCACAAGCCCCACAACCACAGUUCUGGCUGGAACUGUCGCAUCGAGGAAGAAGAGGAGGAGGAUGAGAGAGAGCGGAAAGAGGGGGAGAAGGAGAAGUUGGCUGCCAACCCGGGGACAACCUCUCGGGUGACGGGCCUGGUCAAUGGUGCCGCUGUCUGGAAGGAGGCCAGGGACUCGAAGGCCCACGGCAGCCCCCCUCCGAUGACAGAGCCAGGCACGGCCCCGGCCGCCCCCAACAAUGAUGCCUGUCAGGGGGAGACUGAGGGCACCGGUGCUGAGGAGGAGGGCAAGCAUAACAGAAGCAUGCCGUCCAAGCAACCGUUGCAUGGCGGCUCAUCAGAGCUGCUGGCAGCAGGGAAGGGAGCUGCCAACAACGAGCCCAAUCCACCUCCUCCCCCACCCAAGAAACUGCACAGAGUGUGUAGUAAGAUGAGUGGCAGCAACAUGGAGCUGGAUCGCUGCAGCCAACAAGGGUCAGUAGAGAGUCCUACUUCAUCUCCGCGGGGCCUGGGCAGCACCAGCCUCUCCACUUCCUCCACUGACAACCUGACUGGGGACACUGGUUCUCGGGAUGCUACACGGAUAUCUUGUUCCUCUCCAUUUUCCAGAAGUCCAGUGGCCUCAGCUCCAGGGUCUCCUCACCCGCCCGCCUUUAACAGCUUUAGUAACCAGCCACCUCCACUUCCAGAGAAAAAAAUGGUCAACCGCACCGUGUCGGCUCCCGAUAGCGGGAUUGGAAGACCCUUUGUGCGAGCUUACCCACGCCUCCCAUUCACUGGCUCGGAGAGCAACGUGUGUCGACCUGCUGAUGUCGGCUCCAGGUCCAGUUUACCGUCCAGCCCUGUUGACCCGCGACCCAUUUUCUCUUCCAACGAGUCUCUGGAGCGUUGCCAUGCCCCGCUAAGCCGACCCUCGAGGUCUCGGACACUGGAUGAGCCACUGAAGACUCACGGGCGUCUGGGCGUCCACUGCCGAAGCAGCGCCACGUGCUCCUCUUCCCCCCAACUCAGCAUGCCCUUCUCAGCCUCAGAGCCAGGUUCUGCACCUAAUUUGGGCUCCAGUCUGCAGCUCCAGACCCUUUUGAGCAACAUAGACAGCAGGGAGGGAGUGUACUCCAAACUGGGAGGCCUGUACGCCGAGUCUCUGCGGCGUCUGGCUCUAAAAUGUGAGGAUCACUUCACUCGCUCCCAGAGGAACCCACUUAGGUUUGAGGAGAGCAACUGGUCUCUGUUCAGGCUCACCUCCAACAAGCCGAGCUGCAACUCAGGAGAUGCUGUGUACUACUCUGCUGCCUGCGCCUCAGACCCCAACAACUCCUACGCUGUAAAGAUCUGUAAGAGUCCAUCCAUGGAGGCCAAACAGGGCCAUCUGUAUGGUCUGUCAGUGCAGCAGAGCAUGCCUCCCCACUUCAACCUCCAGCAGGACUGUGGCCACUUCCUCGCUUGUGUCCCCCAGAGCAUGUUGCCUUCCGACGAAGUCUCUCUGCCCUCCACACCUGCUUCAUCGCUGCCUCAGCCCUCCGUGUGUACACCUGGCCAACAGGUAGAACGAGAGCGAGUGGUGGUCAUCACCUCCGAGAUCCCUCGGCAGACGGCGGCUGAUUUCGUUCGGGAGUGGGCGGCGUUCCAUAAAACUCAGCCAGAAGUCUAUGAGCGCCGUGUAUGUUUCCUCCUCCUGCAGCUCUGUAGAGGUCUGGAGCACUUGAAGGAGCACGGGGUCACGCACCGCGACCUCUGCCUCGAAAACCUGCUGUUGGUGCCUCAUAUCCGCAGGGCCUCCCAGUUCCCCCAACAAACCACCACCGACAAUGGCACCAGUAAUGGUUCAAGUGGUGUAGACAGUCAGCGCCACCUUCCCCGGCUCCUCAUCAGCAAUUUCGCCAAGGCCAAGCGUCGCUCCUCCGAGGAUGCCGCCUCAACCAGCGUGGACCCUCGCAUCAAACGUGACCACGCCAGAUUGGCACCCGAGAUCGUCUCAGCAGCACAGUACCGGAAAUUUGACGAGUUCCAGACGGGCAUCUUGAUCUAUGAGCUCCUCCACCAAGCCAACCCAUUUGAGGUGAGUCCAGCUCUGAAGGAACAAGACUACCGCUGUGAAGAGUUGCCUCCAAUCCCCUCCGUCUCCCUUUACUCCGCCGGCCUCCAGAGGCUGGCCCAGCUCCUGCUGCAACCCGACCCCAUCAAACGCAUCCACAUCCAGGAGGCCAAGCGCAUACUGCAGAGCCUGCUCUGGGGCCCCAGGAAAGACCUGAUGGAGCAGCAGUGGGAGAGACACGGACAGGGGGUGGGCUUUGUCGACGGAUCCCGACACGAGGGCCUCCUGAACUGGCUGGAUGUGAAGCGGGCCCUGCUGAUGAUGAAGUUCGCUGAGCGAUCACUGGAGCCCGAGAGGAACGCAGAGCUGGAGGACUGGCUGUGCUGUCAGUACUUUUCCUCGGCUCACCCUCCUGUCGCUCUGUCACACUGCUGAGCUGCUCUACUCCCUAAAGUGACGGCUCACUUUAGGGUUCAAAAUGUGUGUAUGAGAAAGACCAAUAAUGUCAAAGUUAAUGUCUAGACACUAUGGAUGGGAGAUACUGUGAACUUACCCACCUGUUUGCGCUACUGCUGCAUGCAUGAGAGCCAUGCAUUAACCUAACGUCCACUCUUUUACACAAACAGUAUCCUGCUACAGACUCUGUCUCUGUCAACUUAGCAAAGAAAUGAGCUGUGAAAAAUUCAUCUGUUUUUAAAUGUUUAAAUGUUCUGUAACGACAAAAUCAUGAAAGCAUUCACUCUCCGACUGGAAUCGCUUUGUGCCAGUGAUGCUGAUAAAUACAUCUGUAAAGAAAAGGAAGAAUAUGGACAGUAUUCAUAAUCCUAUUAUGAAUAGGAUACAAUAGGACACAAUACAGUGUCAAAGUUUCAUAUUUGACACUGUAUUGUGUGUAUUUAUUAAGACAUUUUACCCACUAAGAACAGGCUAAUAAUUCAUAACCUUAUUCUGUGUCAGCCAGCUUUGCUAAGUAAUGUACAGCUAAUGUCUACGUAAAUGUGCAGCUAACGUUUCAUUUGAAAAGAAAUAUGAGGUCACUAGCAGACUACCACUGUUUAUUCAUGGGCACAUAGGGGCGUAUACUGUAUACUGUGUAAACAACACACCGUUUCUUUAACCAGAUCCACAGGAAGGUAACAGAAUGCCUAUCCCUCAGUGAAUACUGGUUGCACAAUCCUUGUUAGACAGCAUUGCAUAAUAAAGACUUGGUAUGAGUUCAUCAUAAUUCACACUGUCUAACACAACUCAUUCAUUAGAUUGACAAAACAAAUGGCAACGUUAGUGAUUGCUUCUACUGAAUGGAUGCCCACUUUUUCCUUACACUUACUUUAAGUUCAUAUUUAAAUGUUUUGACAUUUGUCACAGUGCCUUUUGUUCUUUGUAUAUCUUACAGUGACUCAGAAGCCAAAUGUAAAUAUUACUGAUCAUUCGUCCUUUGUGAUACUGGCCUUUCACCGAAUGUUUUAGAAACAACUUUGUACAGUAAUUUGUAGAUGAAAUUAGAAGAAAAAAUGAGCCCAAGCAGGUCUUAAAAAGCCAUGAAUACGAGCAGCAGUUCAAACUAUUUAUGCUAUAAUUCGUUAUCCUGUAGUAGUCACUGGAAUUUCUGUUUAUUUUCAUAUGUGGAUUAUCAAGUUCUUAUUUUUUUGUGCAGCUGGGCCUGUUGUUUGCGUCCCGUGUCCCAUGUAGGCUGCAGAGAAAGCUUCAAGUUCAUGGGUAUUUUAUCUCCAACAAAGGAUUUCCUAAUAAAGUCCAGAAUUGAACAGCCUGCACCAGGUUUUAGUCCAUGACUGACUGACAGGGUCACAACUCACAACUAAUGCAUUAUUGAUUUGAAUUAUUUAGUGUGUGCCUCACCUAUUUGCAUCUAUCAAUAAACUGUGCAUAUAUUUUCUCACAGUA